UGUUUUUGUCUUUACAUCGAUUGAAAAAAAAUGAUGCGAAAUCUGUCGAACGUUUUAUUAUUGUUAAUAAUUUCAUUGUCAUCAUGUUUGAUGGUGUUCGGCUGGGAUAAUGGCCUAGCUCGUACACCACCGAUGGGAUGGUUAUCAUGGAUGCGAUUUACUUGUGAAAUUGAUUGUAACACUUAUCCUGAUGAAUGUAUCAAUGAAAAGCUUUAUAAAGAUAUGAUUGAUCGAAUCGUUGAUGAUGGUUACCUUCAGGCCGGUUAUCAAUAUGUCAAUAUUGAUGAUUGUUGGAUGGCCAUGGAUCGUGAUCCGAAAACAUCUCGAUUAAUUGCUAAUGAAACAAGAUUUCCAUCCGGUAUUAAAGCAUUGGCUGAAUAUGCACAUUCAAAAAAUGUUUUGCUCGGCAUUUACGAAGAUAUUGGAACACUAACAUGUGCAAAAUAUCCCGGUACAUAUUACCAGAAUAAAGAUCAUACCUUUAUUGAUGCAGAAACAUUUUCUGAAUGGAAAAUUGAUUCAGUUAAAGUGGAUGGAUGCUAUGCUGAUCCGAAAAAAUUUAACAUCACAUAUGUAGAAUAUUCAAAAGCAUUAAGUCAAGUUGAACAUAAAAUACUAUAUGGUUGUAGUUGGCCAUUUUUCAAGGCAGAUUUUUCCGAAAAUGAUUAUAAAUUAAUCAGAAAAAGUUGUAAUUUAUGGCGACAAUUUGGUGAUAUUGUUGAUUCAUAUCAAAGUGUUAAAUGGAUUAUUGAUAUGAUGGGCAUGCAUAAUGAACGAUUUAUCCGAUAUCAUGGUCCAGGCGGUUGGUUUGAUCCAGAUAUGUUGAUUAUCGGUAAUAAUGGCCUUUCAUAUGAACAAAGUAAAACACAAAUGGCAUUCUGGUGUAUGUGGUCGGCACCACUAUUCAUGUCCAAUGAUUUACGAUCAAUUCGGCCGGAAAUGAAAGAAAUCCUGUUGAACAAAGAAUUGAUUGCAAUCGAUCAAGAUCCAUUGGGCAUUAUGGCACGAAAAAUUACGAUUAAUUCGCAAACACAUCAGAUAUGGGUGAAAAAACUAUCCACAUCCAAUGAUCAUCUUCCAAAUCCAUUUGCAGUUCUAUACUUUAAUAGUGAACAAUUAGGAUCGCCUAAAUAUAUGUCGUAUCGAUUAUCAUCACUUAUACCCGAAUUGAAUCAAACAAUUAGCUAUGAUGUAUAUGAUUUAUAUGCAAAAUCAAACGAAUCCUAUUUGGAAACAUUGAAAGCGGAUCAAAAUCUUCGAUUAAAAGUACCAACAGCUGGUAGUGUACGGAUCGUAAAAUUAUUGCCAAAAUUAUUGUACUGUAUUGUUUCCGACAAGCUGAUCGUGAUGAUGAUGAUGACUACGACGACGAAAUUUUUGAUUUGUUUUUUAUUCUCGUUUACAUUCACAACAUUUGUUUAUGGUUGGAAUAAUGGACUUUCACGUCGACCACCAAUGGGAUGGCUAUCAUGGAUGAGAUUUGCUUGUGAAAUUGAUUGUAAACAUUAUCCAAAUGAUUGUAUCGAUGAAAAGCUGUAUAAAGAUAUGAUUGAUCGAAUCGCUGAAGAUGGUUACCUUCAGGCCGGUUAUCAAUAUGUAAAUAUUGAUGAUUGUUGGAAUGCACAUUAUCGUGAUCCGAAAACAUUACGAUUAAUCGCUAAUCAAACCAGAUUUCCAUCUGGUAUAAAAACAUUGGCCAAAUAUGCGCAUUCGAAAAAAGUUUUACUUGGUAUUUAUGAAGAUGUUGGCACGCUUACAUGUGGUGGUUAUCCCGGUACCUACUAUAAUAACAUUGAUCAUACCUAUAUUGAUGCUGAAACAUUUUCCGAGUGGUCAAUCGAUUCAUUAAAAUUGGAUGGAUGUUAUGCAGAUACGAAUAAAUUCAAUCUAACAUAUCCAGAAUAUACUUUGGCACUCACAAAUGUUCAACAUCCAAUUAUAUAUUCAUGUAGUUGGCCAGCAUAUCUAAAAAAUAUUAGUGAUGAAACAUAUUCAGAAAUUCGUGAUAAUUGUAAUCUAUGGCGUAACUAUAAUGAUAUUGUUGAUUCAUAUCAAAGUGUUUUUCAAAUCAUCAAGUAUUAUGGCCAAAAUAAUAAACAAUUUAUCCGAUAUCAUGGUCCAGGCGGUUGGUUUGAUCCAGAUAUGUUGAUUAUUGGCAAUAAUGGUCUUUCAUAUGAACAAAGUAAAACCCAAAUGGCAUUCUGGUGCAUGUGGUCGGUACCUUUAUUAAUGUCCAAUGAUUUACGAUCAAUUCGGCCUGAAAUGAAAGAAAUCCUGUUGAACAAAGAAUUGAUUGCAAUCGAUCAAGAUCCAUUGGGCAUUAUGGCAUCAUUGGUCAUUCAAAAAUCAAACUGGCAAACACAAGUGUGGACAAAGAAAUUAUCACCGAUGAAUAAUAAUGAAUUGAAUCCAUGGGCUAUUCUUUAUUUUAAUGGCCAUCAAUUAGGACCAGAUUCAUAUAUGUCAUAUAAAUUAUCAUCGCUCAUACCGGAAUUAAAUCAAACGAUUAGCUAUGAUGUGCAUGAUCUUUUCAAUUCAAAUGAUUCCUAUCUGGGUAAAUUGAAACCAAAUCAACAACUAGAAUUAUUGGUUCCAACAGCUGGAAGUGUACGAUUAGUUAAAUUGAUUCCAAAAAUUUGAAAUUAAUUUUCAAUUUUAUUUUAUAAGUCAGUUUAAAACCGAAUUAAAAAAUUUAUUAUAUAA